CGAGAGAAAGAGAGCGCGAUCGAUAUUAUUAUUCGUGCCACAGGGAAUCGAAGUCGAGUGUGUGUUCCCUCGUUCCGUACUCCACGCGGAGAAGGACUCUCCUCCGCGCUACGACGAAUUGUGCCGGCGUCUUCUUCGUUGACGUCAACGUGCUCAGCGCGGGUGCUCCAGGUUACUUUUAACGCGAAACGUUAACGCCAAUAACGCAACCGCCGAAAGGAUCGGGAGCGAUGUCCCGACCAACUGAACCGAACAGAUAGACCCAAAUCUAUAUCCAAGUUUGUCGUACACCCUUGACAUCCCGAAGAAAUCAGCCCGAGUAGCGUGUACACACAGCGUGUACACACAGCGCAGGGUGAUAACACUCGCGCAACGUGCUCAGAAAUUCGCUGAGAAAGACAGUCCAGGAAGAGAAGAGAAACGUUAAAAGAGAGAGAGAGAGAGAGAGAAAAAAGGAGAUCGAGGAAAGACGAACGAAUCGAAACAAUCGUCGCGUCGGCUGCAUCUGAGAGGGUGGGUGGGGAGGGGUCGAGGGGGGUGCUUAAACAGCCCCGUUUCAUAUAUGUGCCGAUACGUGGGCACGUCCGUCCGUCGUGCGGUGUUUCUCGCGUAUGGGUGAUAUGUUAUUGGAGAUGGAGCAGCAUUCGGGCCUGAUAUCCCUGAGCAUGUCGCCGUUCCACCUGAGUCCGCAGGGCAGCCCGCAAGCCGCCGGGCAGCAGCCCCCGCAGCAACAGCCGCAGCCGCAUUACGGCUCGUCGGCUUACAGUAGUUGCGCGCAGAGCUCGCCAUCGCCUAUGUGCCAUCAGCCGCAGUCCCAAUCGCAGCAGCAGCAGCAACAACAACAACAAAUGUCUGUUCACAAUCAGGCGGCACAGUCGCAGGGUAUGUCCAGUUUCGAGGCCGCCUUCUUCGACUCCGCUCCCCUCGAGGAUCUUCGGUGUCCCAUGUGCGGUCACAAGAACAUAUCCAACUAUCAGCUCGGCCUGCAAGGUCUGCUCACGUGUGAGAACUGCAAGAAUUUCUUCAAGCGCAACGGCUCGCCGUGCAGCAACAAAAAGGUCUACACGUGUCUUUUCCCUCAAACGGCGAGUAGCGGCGGCGGCGGUGGUGGCAACGGCGGUGGCGGCAAUAGUGGUAACGGGGGUAGUGGCGGCGGCGGCGGCGGUGGUGGUGGCGGCGGCGGUGGUAACUGCGGCGCGUCUUCGGCGCUCGAGAUCUGCGCCAACAAGAAGGUGUAUACGUGUCUGUUCCCGCCAACAGGAGCCGGAAGCGGUAACGGAGCCUGCGGCGGCACAUCCACCAGUCUAGAAGGUAACGGCGGCGGAGGCGGUUACACCGGCAGCGGUGGCGGCGGCGGCGGGAACGGCGGCGCCGGUGGCAACGGCAGCGGCACUGCCGGAGCUGGUGGUCCAGGCGCGGCUAACGCCACGGUCAGCGGCGGACCGGCGACUGUCGCGGGAAGUGGCAACGUCGCCGCCGGUGCGGUCCCGACCGGCGGCGGUACCCUGUGCCACCCUGGACUGGGCCAGGUCGGCGUCGUCACCGGCUCGAUACCCUGCCCGUCCGAUUUCCCGGACACCAAGGAUAUCAUCAUCGAGGAGCUGUGCCCCGUGUGCGGCGACAAGGUGUCCGGUUAUCACUACGGUUUACUCACGUGUGAGUCCUGUAAAGGAUUCUUCAAGCGCACCGUCCAGAAUAAGAAGGUCUACACGUGCGUCGCUGAGAGGUCCUGUCACAUCGACAAGACGCAGCGGAAACGGUGUCCCUACUGCCGCUUUCAGAAGUGCCUCGAAGUCGGCAUGAAGCUCGAAGCUGUGCGGGCGGACAGGAUGCGAGGUGGUAGAAACAAAUUCGGGCCCAUGUACAAGAGGGAUAGAGCGCGGAAGUUGCAACUUAUGCGUCAACGGCAACUAGCGAUCCAGACGAUACGCAGCAACCUCGGUGACCCGAACAGCUACUCGAACGCGGUCACGCCCUUGAUGCACAUCAAGCAGGAGAUCCAAAUACCUCAGGUCUCGAGUCUGACCUCGUCACCGGACUCGAGCCCGUCCCCCGCGACCGUGGCCGCGGGUCUGGUCACGACGCAAGCCAGCGGCAGUGGCAGCGGGGCCGGUCAGCACCAGCUGAUCGCGCCAUCCAGCCAACCCCACAUCGGUACCAGCGGUGCUGGUGGCGGUGGCGGCGGCGGCGGCGGCGGCGGCGGCGGCGGUGGUGGUGGUGGUGGAGGCGGGGGCGGGGGCGGCGGCAAUCACUUGCACAAUCUCAACCCGGGUCUGGACAGCAGACUCUGGGCCGCCAACUCAACUACCCCCGGCACGAAGGUCUUUAACUUCGGCGAGCAAUCUGUGCAGCCACACGGCGGUGGGGUGCCGAGCUACGCGUCCAACCCCGUUGUCGCUCUUAAGACACUUAGUCCAAUGAUAAGGGAGUUUCUGUCGUCGAUCGACGACCGCGAGUGGCAGACGUCUCUCUUCGGACUGUUGCAAAACCAAACGUAUAAUCAGUGUGAAGUGGACUUGUUUGAAUUAAUGUGCAAAGUGCUCGAUCAGAAUUUGUUUUCGCAGGUAGACUGGGCUAGAAAUUCGACGUUCUUCAAAGAUCUCAAGGUUGACGAUCAAAUGAAGUUGCUACAACACUCUUGGUCGGAUAUGUUGGUGCUAGAUCACCUUCAUCACAGGUUACACAAUAACUUACCUGACGAGACGACACUUCACAAUGGCCAAAAGUUUGAUCUUCUCUGUCUCGGCCUACUCGGAGUUCCUUCCUUGGCCGAAACCUUCAGGGAACUAUCCAAGACACUUCAAGAAUUAAAAUUCGAUGUCCCCGAAUAUAUAUGCAUGAAAUUCCUAAUGCUGCUGAAUCAUGAUGUUCGUGGACUAGUAAAUAAAAAACAUGUGCAAGAAGGUCAUGAGCAGGUUCAACAAGCGCUUAUGGAAUACACGCUAAGCCAUCACCCAUCUGUACUGGAUAAAUUUAAUAAGCUGUUAGCAGUAUUACCGGACAUUCACGAAGUGGCAACCAAGGGAGAAGAGCAUCUUUAUCAGAAACAUUGUAAUGGAGGCGCACCAACGCAAACGCUUCUCAUGGAGAUGCUUCACGCCAAGAGAAAAUGAAACGAUCAGUUUUACUUGAUAAUCUUUGCCAUCGAAUAAGAAAAAAAGCCUGUUA